GGGGGAGCUGAAAAGAUUGGUGGGAGAGUAGGAUUUUGUACACGGUGUUGUAUUUGUGUUCUUGUUUUUUUUGUUUCGAAUGUGAAGCUAAUGAAAGGCAAGUAAGUUAAAGGGAAGUAAAGGUUUCUCUUGAAUGACUGAGAGGUUAACAGAGUUUUGAAAUCUGAAGAAUACAGAAUUGUGGUGAAAGAGCUUUUGAUCACAAGAGCUUCGUUUCGAAUAGAUUAAACGCCUGAAUUUUGCUUGGUACCUCGGGACUUCAGCUCAGGAACUGGGUGAAUUUAAGGAGGGGUUAAGGCACAUAUAAAUAGUUAAGGACGAGGGGAACGAGGAAUAGUUACGACGCACAAGACAAUCACACACAUCGCGGCUUCCUAUCUAUAUCGGCUCUUACUCGCUGAUUUAAAAGCUACCAAGCUCUCUACCUUUCGAUAAAGCCUGGCACAAUCAAACAAGCUAAACGAUGUCGCUCGAUCCGCGAGAAUUACAACUGAGGGGUAGGUCUAAGAGCCCCGGACGCGAAAGAUCUCGUUCGAGAUCUGGAUAUGAUCAAGUGGAUGGAUACGGGUAUGAAGAGCCUCGCACCGGCAGAUUCAGAAAUGCAAGUGCGAACCCCGCAGCAGGGUUUGGUGCUUCGAGAUAUGGAGAGGUUGACAGUUCCGGUAUACCUGACACGUUGAAGAUCGAUGAGGUGAAAUAUACAGAGAGGGAUAGGGAUAAUGAGAGAUUGCAUACUCCUGCCCAGUUUGACAAUUUGGCAUAUGGAGAGGGAUAUGAACCUGGCACCCCAGCGAAGAUCAAUGUUUACGGAUCCCGCGAUCCAUCGCCAGCAGCUGUUCCUCGAAGUGCUGGCUAUGGAAAGGACAUCCAUACUCCUACCUAUAGUACCUUUAGUACUCACAGUGACCGACUAGCUUCGCCCCGCGACCAUGAAUAUGAGAGAGACACACACAGAUAUACUGAAGAUAGUCAUGGUCGUCAGAGAUCAGCGAGCUUCAAAGUUUCUGCGGGGGUGGGCAGUCAUCAUGCAGCUAUCUCGGGUGGCUUGAGUAUGGGUCAUGAAUCUCAUGUUCAGUCUCCAGCUGGGUCACAAUUCUCAGGGUAUAGCAAGAGGGAUGAGGAACACAGAUAUGCCGACUCCCCGCAGUACAAAUAUUCGCACACGGGUGAAAAGAUAUCCUAUUCGAGCACCACGAGGAAAACAGUUAUUAGUGGGGAACACCCUGGAGAGAGAAGUCCUCCACUUUCAGCUCGACCUCACGGCCACAGGGAUUCUUCACCACAUGGACAUCAUAGACACGAAAGUUCAUCAGCUCGAAGCAGUAGCUCUCGCUUGGUCUCUGAAUCAGUCGUUAAUGUCGAUCCUGGAGCACGUCGCCGCGAUGCCUCACCAAAUCCUGCUAGAUUGAGUGAUCGACUCAACACCCUAAGCAUCAAUACCGGUGGUCAUUUAGGCCACUCGUCACAUGGCUCCUUGAGCUUAUCGCCUGGCGGUCAUUCCCAUUCAGGCUCUCUCAGCUUGGCAAAUGCUCCCAAUUCCCCUCUCCUCGAAUCAUACAAGGGAACAUAUCAAUCUAUAUCCCCCAUGCCUUCGCCAAUGCUGGUUGUCACAUCACAUUCUGAUAUCUCCGAGACUUUCUCUCCCUUGUCUCCCUCUGGUGGAGAUUCUUUCCGCCGCACAGCCCGCUUCCACGAUUCUCAAGAUGAAGCUGAGAUUCUCCGUGAUGCACUCAAGGGCGAAAAUCGUGCUCCGGAUGUUCAGCCUCUUAUUACCAUUCUUCCGGGCCUGACACACGAGCAAAUACUCGAUCUUCGCGCUGAGUAUAAGAAGAUUGUCAAAACGGGCCAUGAUAGAAAAGGUGUUAAUAUCGCUAAACAUAUCAAGCUCCGUCUCAAAGAUGAAGAUCCAAGUUUAAUGAAAGCAUGCUAUGCAGUUGCUUUGGGACGAUGGGAAAGUGAAGCCUAUUGGGCUAAUUUCUGGUACCAAGGCGAGAAAUCUCGCAGAGAACUACUCAUUGAAAGUUUAAUGGGACGAUCGAAUCGCGAAAUCGAGAAGAUCAAGGAUGGAUUUAAUGAUAAGAAAUAUAGAGACUCUCUAAGACAAUGCAUGGAAAAAGAACUCAAGGAGGAUAAGUUCAAGAAAGCGGUGCUCCUUGUGCUGGAAGAGAAGAAAAUGGAGGAGAGUCGAAGAAUUGAUGGGGACUUGCUCCGAGAGGAUAUUAGACAGUUGGAGAAAUGCGUCACGAGUGAGCGGGGAGGCGAGACGAGAAUGAUUGAGAUUGUUUGUACGAGGAGUGAUACACAUUUGAGAGAGGUGUUGAGGGGUUACGAGGAGAGAUUCGGAAAGAAUUUUGCGAGGGAAAUGUUGGCGAAGAGUACGAAUCUUGUGGGUGAACUUCUCGCCCACAUCCUCAACGGAAUCAUCAAUAAACCAGUUCGUGAUGCACUAUUGGUACAUCAUGCAUUGACGCUCUCGACGCGCGAUCCGCUCAAGACGGAAUUGUUGAUCAGUCGAUUGGUGCGAUAUCAUUGGGAUCGCAAGCAUUUGGAGGAGGUGAAGAGGGAAUAUAGGGAUCGCUAUGGCAUUGAUAUGCAGGAUGCGGUGAGAGACGGAGUGAGGGGGGAUGUGGGGAGAUUCUUGGAGGGCUUGUGUAUGUGGAGGGAGAGGGAUAGGGUUAGAGAGGUUUAGGGGGUGAGAGGCUCAGAAGGGGAAAGGGAGGGGUGGAAGAUUGGUGGGUUUAGGGAUGUUUGAUGGAUUGAUGAUUACUUGAUGGAUAUAUGAUGGAUUAUAGAAUGAUAUGACAAGGAAUGAUACAUGGCCGGUUAGGUUAAAGGAAUGGAAUUGAUUUUUCGUAGUAUGUUGCACGAUGUGCAGUGAUUCAUAGUCGAUGCGAUUCAGAAAUGGUGAUUCGGAAUUCA